AUGCAGAGCCCUAGGGCUGAACUAACCCGACCACGUUCCGGCGCCUCCCCCAUUCCCAUGCGCCAGCCGCACCCCAACAGAUCGGAUAAGCGCGCGGCACCAUCCGGCAAACUACUCAACUAUAAGAACGCAGAAUUCAGCUUGUCCAACCCGCUUGACCGGCUGCACCCCCCUAAUGAUGACGGACACCAAGCACCUCAUAAGGACCGCACCGGCCGCCUCUGCUUGCAGACCAACCCCAAGCUAACGGAGGGCACAGCUAAAUCGGUCUUUCGGCCAUGUCAAUCGCAGCCCGAACACGAAGGGCGGACGCAACAGGCCAAACUAGGAAAACAAUAUCGGCACAAAUACGACGACCAACGGGAUGCCAGGAAACACUCGCAUUGA